AUGAGAAUCCAAAUAAAUAAAACACUGCCUGGUGACAUUGGAUCAUAUGGGUGUGGUCAUAAUAAAAAAGACGUACGCUGGAUUCAGGUUCAAGAAGAAUCUUGGAAUAAAUAUGAAGAAAAGGAUAUCCCAAAAACAUCAUAUAUUGAAGUCAAGAAAAAUGAUCCAUUUCAAAUAACAUGCAGUCAUGGACCAAAAAUAAUAUUUUAUCGAUAUUUAUCACCUUGGCUAUGUUGUACGUUGCCAAUUGAAAAUGAGGCAAAUAAAACUGACAUGAUAAUGAGUGAUGAAGAACGAUUAAAAACUCGAGGCAUAUUUAAUUGCUCUAUUUCUUGUGAAAGAUACAGAGAUGAUUUUAUGAAUGCAAAAAUAAGUCAGGACGAAAAAGAUGGAAUUUUCAUAUUAAAUUUAGAAAAAAAAAAAGCGGUACUUGGUGAUAUUGGCUGGUAUGGUUGCAGAUUUAUUAUUAAAAAUGUUCAAUUAAAAGACAAUGGGUAUUACGAAUGCAGAAUAAUAUUAGAUGGCAUUACCGAAGAAAAGGGUUUUGAUGUGUUAGUGACGGAGCCAAAUAAUUUGAGACCAACUAUGUAUCCAGAUUUAUCAUAUAUUGAAUUGGAAGAAUAUCAGAUACUUAAUUUAACAUGCACAAGUACACAAAGACCGUAUUUCUUCACGAAGAGGAACACAAAACUCCUUGAAGAAAAGACACAUGAAAAAGCAGAUGGAAUUCACACAUCAAAGUUGCAAGUAAAAAGAUCACCUCAAGACACUGGCUUUUAUGGAUGUGCUAAUUUUAAGUUUAAUCACAUGGACUUAGAGCUUAAUAACAUGAAUAUUCGUUGGAUUUACGUUUACGUUAAAGAAAUAGCUGAAAUUGAAAAUACUGCUGUAGCAUUUCCAAGCUCAAAUAUAAGAUCAACACUUGAAGAAUCAAAUCGACAUUUAGAAAUUCAAAAUAUGACAAGAAUUUUCAGUUCUGUAAAUAAACCUUUUGAAUUUGGAAUUAGUGGUCCAAAAAAAAAUGUGGUAGUUGGUGAGACGUUGGAAUUGAUAUGUAUUGGGUAUCUAACGAAUUCGUUAAAUAGAAUAAAAUGGAUAAAUAAUUAUUCAUAUAAAUAUGAGUCAGAAAUAAGUGCAGAACACAAUCCAAGAAUGAAUAUAAAAGUGUUAGAAUAUGACGAUAUAUGCAUAUCAAUAUUGACAAUAAGUUCAGUUGAAAAAUCAGAUGAAGAUAUAUAUCAUUGUAAAACUAAAGAAACAAUUUAUAAUUAUAUGCUAAAUGUCAAUGAAUUGAGAAAACCAAAUUGCAAUCAUACAAAUAUGAAUGAAACCGAAGCUAAAUAUGAAACUAGUGGAAAAUCAACUGUGCUAACAUGCUAUACUGAUGGUGUGCCUGAGCCAAUAAUUACUUGGUCGAUGAAUGAUGUCCAAAUAAAUAGGGUUUCUGGGACGCUAAAUGAAAUUUGUAAAUAUGAAUUUCAUAAUAACUAUCAAGAGUUACAUAUUGGAUAUUUAGAUGAAGGUUGUUUUGGAAAUUAUUCAUGUAAAGCUGAUAAUAAGUUGGGUCAUUGGGAAACAUACCAGCAAAUAGUAAUGGAUGAUCCAACAAUAAGAUAUAUCGUAGCAUUUGGAAUUACAUCAGCGCUAAUAAUUACUACUAUUAUUUCGAUUUAUUUUAUUAUUAAACUUAAAAAAGAAAAAAAAUUACGUACACAACUUAUAGAAGGUAAUUUAAAGUCAUAUGAUAAAUCUUGGGAAUUUCCACGUGACAAAUUGAAACUUGGCAAACAAUUGGGAUGUGGUCAAUUUGGAGUUGUAAUUAAAGCGGAAGCCCAAGGUAUUUAUGAUGAUGACAAUGCAUCAAUAAAAACAGUUGCUGUAAAAAAAGUUCAAAAAUCAACUGAAAUGACAAACUUCCAGGCACUUGCAAAUGAACUAAAUAUUAUGAUUUAUAUUGGAAAACAUAAAAAUAUUGUUAAUCUACUUGGUGCUUGCACUAAAAAUAUUGCUAAACAUGAAUUACUUGUAAUUGUUGAAUAUUGUCAUUUUGGUGAUUUACAUGAUUAUUUGUUUAAACAUAGAUUAAAAUUUAUAAAUCAAAUUAAUCCAUUGACUGGUAAAAUUGAUAUUGGUUUCGGAAUUUCAACUGCAUUGACAAACGUAAAAAAAAACAACAACAACAAUAAGAACAAUGAAAUUAAUUAUUCAACAUUGUCCGUUUCUGGUAGUCGUAGUUCUGGUUUAUCAGUGAUAAGUGAUAAAGACUCAAUAAAAAUGUCAAAUAAUAUUGCUCUCAACAAGUCAGCACGGUGUCCUGAAGAUUGCCUUGAUGAUUGUAAUAAAGAUCAAACUUUACAAACGAUUUGUACACAAGAUUUGUUCUCUUGGUCAUUACAAGUUGCCCAAGGAAUGGAAUAUCUUAGUAAUAAAAAGGUACUUCAUGGUGAUUUGGCUGCACGAAAUAUACUUCUUGCUGAGAAUAAUAUUGUUAAAAUUAGUGAUUUUGGUCUAGCUAAAAAUAUAUGUAAUGGUAUUUACAAAAAAGUAGAUAAUGCUCCACUGCCAGUAAAAUGGAUGGCAAUUGAUUCUCUAGCAGGUAGAAUAUUUACAACUCAAUCAGAUGUCUGGUCAUUUGGUAUUGUACUUUGGGAAUUUUUUUCCCUUGCUGAAACACCAUAUGCAGAAAUGGAUGCUGAUGAUUGUUGGUUAAAAGUACUUAAAGGAUAUAGAAUGAAAAAACCAGAAUAUGCUACAAAUAAAAUUUACAAUAUAAUGUUGAAAUGCUGGCUAGAAAAUCCAACGCUUAGACCAACAUUUACUGAUCUCGUUACUGAUAUUGGUGAUUUAUUUGAUAAUUUUGACAAAAAAGAUAAUAACGAUUUAAACACACCAUGGGCACACAACAUAUAUGCAUAUGAUGAAAUAGAGAAGAGGCCAGAUGAUGGUAAAAAUAAUGAUUACUUGAUUAUGAAUCAUGUACCAAACCAUCCAGCAUUGUCAUCAUCAAAAAGUGACAAUGUCGAUGAACCAACAAUUCAUAUCAAUACAAACUUAUCAUAUGUUUCUAUGCACUAA